CUCCAUUAAGAUAUUCACCAUUUAAGCAAAGGGGUUACAGUCAGCAGCGGACAGUGGAGCCAAGAUGGGGAAAAUGCAAGUCUUAGGUGUAAUUGCAGUAAUGUUAGUGGUUUACAGCGUACAUGCAAAGGUUUACUUUCGGGAGGAGUUUCUGGAUGGUGAUGAAUGGAGAAGUCGCUGGGUGGACUCCAAACACAAGUCUGACUACGGAGAGUGGAAAUUGACGGCUGGCAAGUUCUAUGGAGAUGCUGAGAAAGAUAAAGGUCUGCAGACAAGCCAGGACGCUCGUUUCUAUGCCACCUCUGCCCGUUUUGAGCCUUUUAGCAAUGAAGGCAAGCCUGUGGUCAUCCAGUUUACAGUCAAGCACGAGCAAAAGAUUGACUGCGGUGGUGGCUAUGUGAAGGUCUUCCCUACUGACUUGGAGCAGACUGCCAUGCAUGGAGAUUCCUCAUACUACAUCAUGUUUGGCCCUGAUAUUUGUGGCUACAGCACCAAGAAGGUUCACGUCAUUUUCAAUUACAAGGGCAAGAAUCAUCUCAUCAAGAAAGAAAUUAAGUGCAAGGAUGAUGAGUUGUCCCACUUGUACACACUUAUCCUGAAUCCAGACCAGACCUAUGAGGUGAAGAUUGACAACAAUAAGGUAGAAUCUGGCAGUCUGGAGGAAGACUGGGACUUCCUGCCUCCUAAGAAAAUUAAGGACCCCGAAGCCAAGAAGCCAGAGGAUUGGGAUGACCGUGCCAAGAUUGAUGAUGCUGAUGACACCAAGCCUGAGGAUUGGGACAAAUCUGAAAACAUUCCAGACCCUGAUGCUAAAAAGCCUGAUGACUGGGAUGAGGAUAUGGAUGGAGAGUGGGAACCUCCCAUGAUCCCCAACCCUGAGUACAAGGGAGAAUGGAAACCCAAGCAGAUCGACAAUCCCAACUACAAAGGAGCCUGGGUGCACCCUGAAAUUGACAAUCCUGAGUACAGUCCUGAUUCAGACAUCUACAAGUUUGAAAAGAUUGGCGUUUUGGGUCUUGAUCUUUGGCAGGUGAAAUCUGGUACCAUCUUUGACAACUUCGUGAUCACAGAUGAUGUGAAGGAAGCAGAAGACAUUGGAAAUGAGACAUGGGGUGCCACAAAGGAACCAGAGAGGAAAAUGAAACAGGAGCAAGAUGACCUGAAACAAAAAGAAGAUGAGGAGAAAACCAAAGAGCAAGACACAGAGGCUGAUGAGGAGGAGGACGAAGACAUAGAUGAGGAGGAGGACGAAGAUGACGAUGAAGAUACAAAGGACGACAUGGAGGAUGGACCUUUAGAAACAGAUGAUGAGGAAGUAAAGGAGAAAGAUGAGCUUUGAGGAGGUCUGGCCAGAUAGUUUUUCUGUCCCACCUCCUAGAGAAACUCUGUCCUUUUUAUUUCCCAGGGGUAUUGUGGCUGCUGUGCAUCCUUUCCCUGCGAUUUGGACACAACCCAACUUGGGGGUUUAUGUAGUGAAGGGUGGGAGUGGGUGUUUAUGGACUUAGUUUCUCUUUCAUUUUGGUCAUGAUGCCACCCUGUUGCCUCUAAGCUGCUGGGUACUUUCUAAGGUUUUCCACCUUCCACCACAUCCAUUCCUCACAUGCUCUACCAGCAUUUUAGUAAGACAAAGAAUAUGGAGGCCCUGGCAUCCACGGUUGUCCUUUUUAAUUGCAGAUUCCAGAAAGUUUGUAGAUGUCAAACCAUUCAGAUUCCAACAUUAACUUUAUUGUCCCCAAAGGGAAAUUUCCCCUUGCAGCAAGGUAAAACAAAAUGCACAUAAAACAAAAUGUGUAAGAUCAAACAAUAACAGAUAGAAAUCCAGACUGUAAUAUAAGGUAACUUAUUCUGGUUACAUCUGUGGCACUGACUUUGUUUUUCUUUCCCCACUCUAUAAGGCAGAAAUGAAUGAAAUGUUUGGACAUAAAUUAAUCUUCAUCUAAGUGUACAAUGCAGUUGGUUUUCUACAUUUAAUGAUUCAUCAUGUUUUCAUGGUAAUGUGAUGGGUCCUGCAUUAUAUCCUGAAUGUCUGGAGAAACAGAUGGUGAGCCCCUGGUGUGACUGAUGACAUCACUUAGGGUCACACGCUUAUUUUUAUUGGACAGAAUGUUAUUGAUACCAAAGUUUUUAUUAAAAGAUUAUAACCAUA